AUGUCCGGCCUCGAAAACGCCCUGUUCAACCUGAAGUUCACAGCCAAGUCGCUGAACCGCCAGUCGCUCAAGGCCGGAAAGGAGGAGGCGCAGGAGAAAGCAAAGCUGGAAAAGGCUAUGAAGCAAGGCCACAAUGACAUUGCCCGCAUCUACGCCCAAAAUGCCGUACGCAAGCAGAACGAGAAGCUCAACCUCCUCCAACUAGCCUCGCGAGUCGACGCCGUUGCUGGCCGUGUCCAGACCGCCGUUACGAUGCGACAAAUCACCGGGAAUAUGAUGAAGGUCAACCGCAGCUUGGACACAGCCAUGAAGUCCAUGAGUCCUGAGAGGAUCGCCGCCGUCAUGGUUGAUUUCGAGAAGCAGUUCGAAAACGUCGACUCCGCAACCGAGCUCUACCAGGACAUCACCUCCUCGGCGACCGCUGUUGGCACACCGCAGGAAGAUGUCGACCGCAUGAUGGCGCAAGCGGCAGACAAGGCCGGUGUAGAACUGCAGUCUGAUCUCCAGGAGGCUCCCAAGACAAAGGUCGGUCCUACAGAGCAAGAAGAGGAUGCCUUCACCGAGCGACUACGCGCGCUCAGGAACUAA